AUGGCGGAAGAUCACAACCUAGGGUCUGGCGACCAACAACCCGUACCAAAGUCUCCUCCGCCGCCGCCCAACCCUUCGACCGACCCCAGGCUGAUCGUCCAGCCGCCCCCGCCCAACCUCCAGCAGGUCACCUCCCCACAGCUCGGAGCACAGCCUGACGACAUCUUCCAGGUCCCGGCGCUGGCUGCCCUCAAGCUGCUUAGCGCAGGCGUCGAGGCCCUUGUGCGCAUCACGGGCGACAUACCACCCACACCGCCGCCGACGACACCACACGUGCCGCACAUGAGGGGUAUGCAGGCCGAGAAGGAGAGCAUUGUGAGGAACUACUCCGAGAAAAGCCUCGCGCGGCUGAGGGAGCAGGAGCAGUCGCCCGGGCUGUCGAUCCCAACGCCCUCUCGUGCCGUUGCUGCGCCUAUCGAUGGUGUAUACAUGAAGCCCACGCAGAGCCCCGAGCCCGGCGCUCCUGGGUCCUUCGCGCCUCCCACUUCUUCUACACCCACAUCUGCGCUCGCACCCGAACCCUACGUGGUCAUCGGUGCCAACAGCCAGCCGCUGAACCUGCAGCACAGUGCCAUCACGCGCAAGUUCUACAGCAAGAAGCCGCCGCCGAUCGGCAUCGCAGACUACCUGCUUCGAAUCCACCGUUUCUGCCCAAUGUCGACGGCCGUCUACCUCGCCACCUCGCUCUACAUCCACCGUCUCGCCGUCGAUGAGCGGGCGGUGGCCGUCACGAAGCGUAACGCGCACCGUCUGCUGCUGGCCGGGCUGCGGGUCGCUAUGAAGGCUCUCGAGGACCUGAGCUACCCACACGCCAAGGUCGCCAAGGUCGGCGGGGUCAGCGAGCUCGAGCUCGCUCGGCUCGAGAUCAGCUUCUGCUUCCUGUGCGGCUUCGAGCUGGUCGUGGGGGCUGCGGUGCUGCAGGAGCACUGGGCCACGAUGAAGAACGGACCCGACCUGGGCCACGUCGGCGGUGGUGGCGGGGGGGCUGUGCCUGGGAUGAAACUGAACCUGAAGAUACCGACACACCCUGGAACGCAUGGGCGUUUCUCCCAUUGAGGAAUCAUAUGUUGUUUUUGAGAAGAGGUGGGAGAUCCAAUGAGCAAGAAAGGGGGGAGGGAGGCACCAGCAGGAGACCGAAGUAUAACAAGUUUACGCACGUAUAUACGAAGUUUGUGUCUGUGUGUAUACGUCUGCAGAUCACUCUGGACUUGGCUUCAUGAAUGUAUAUAUUUCAAUGUUGUAAGUAUACCAGGUAGAUGAGAGCAAGAGUAAACAUGCAUGUGGGUCUGGCAAUUCCAGAUUAAUAUGAUCAAAUUCGUCUUCUU